CGAGCCUUCCUUCAUCCUUCUUCCACAUCUUCGGAAACAACGUUUCACACCAGUAUAGGCCUCGGAGUCGUUGCUAAAUAACACCGAUAGGGCCUAAGAAUAGCUGAAUCCUAAAAUUAUUCUUCCUACCUUUGACUGAGUACCAAUCGGCACCCUCGCAACAGUCAGCAUGCCGGCACUGCCACUUGCAACACCAGUGUCCAGCCCCGACCAGCGUCCCAAUGGACGAAUGGCAGCUUGCGAUCCAUGCCGCUCGCGCAAGGUGGCAUGCGAUCAUCGUCACCCAGUAUGCACCCGAUGUCUCAAGAGGAACCAGGAGAACGACUGCAAGUACUCGGCUUCCGUGGUGAGGCCGUCAUCCCAGUCAAGAGCUUCUGCAAAGCGCCAAAACCGGUCCACGCCGGGUUCCUAUUCUAUAUAUGACACCAGUAUCGACAGUGAAGCCAGAGAAGAGGCUACCCGCCGAGUCCACCGUACAUCUCGGGGUUCCACGCCGAGCUAUAGCACUCCCACCGUCCGCACUGGACGUGACCAGUGGUAUGUGCUUGAGGAGUCGCGCAACAGUUUGCUUCUUAUUGGAGAGUCAAAUGCAGACGUGGAUGAUCCUGAACUGAGGAACUUGCCUGAGAAUUCGUUCCAGACAAUGCCUGCUCCGCUGCGUGAUACCUGUAUACGGGUGCUCAAGUGUCUACCAGGCAGAUCAAACCAGCUAUUGGUCUUUCACAGAGCCGAGGAUCCGGUCAUUAACUGGCUGAGUGUUAUAACAGCUCGCACUAUUGACACCCUGAAUGAACUAACACAGGAGUUGGGCAGCGAGGGAGAUGAUGGCCUGGAUCUGAUUGCUCAGCGGCUCUGCACCAACACGGCACGCCCAGUUCGUUCGGAUUGCCCAACUGCAUCGGUUUGGAUGGAUCAGUUUUCUGGGGACAAUAUCCGAUGGGAGUCUAUUGCCCUUCUCUGGGUGUAUGUGGAACACAUGUCGGAUCUCUAUACGUGCCACCUCCCGCAUAAGCUCAUCACCUGGAGACCGGGCAAAGGAUCUCUCGAAACAGCGUGUGCCAAGCUCGAGCAGUGUAUUCAAAUCACACGGCACUUUACAGAAGGAAACGAUGUCUUGUUGAACCUGUAUCUGCAAAAGUCGAGAGCCAAUUCUCUAAUUGAAGGCGAUGCUGCAAUGUCUACGUGGGAGACUUAUAGCACCGCCGUAGCUAUGUCAACAUAUUUAGGGCUACAUAAACUGCCCUCAGAUCCUUCAUACCGCCCGACAUUUUGCUCCGAACUUCGACGUCGUCUCGCAUGCCAAGUGUUUCUCAGCGAUAAGUUAGGUGUAUCCUUUACCGGAACACCGCCGCUCCUCAGCCAUCGCUACUUUACUAGCCCACUGCCGCUGGACAUAACGGAUGCCGAGCUGUUAACUGACGAUCCAUCCACUCUAAUCCAGGUGCAUCAACGUUUGGAUAAGCACGGCUGGAAUCCAGAGGGUUCUCUGAGCACCGCGGCUGCGCUGCGAGUCCGGGUGCAAAUAGCAUUUCUUCGCGACGAAAUCAUGGAAAUGGCUCUGGGUACAACGCCAUAUGUCAGGAUCGAUUGUAUUCUUGAUAUUCGCCGCCGGCAAGAGGAACUGUUUAUGACCCUACCACCGUGUGUAUCCUACAGUGAGAACGAUACACUGACAAACGGGGUAGAUUUUAUCACGAUAUACAUCAAGACAAUCAUUUACCUGGAGCACUUGCAAAACUUAUUCCUCAUUGACCGGUUGCUGCUAAAGAACAACUACACAGAGGUUGGCGAUCUGCUUCUCACCAGUUUCACAAUGGUGUCUGUCGUGCUUGAUUUUUGGAUGUGCAAGGACUUGUACAUCAACUUGAUUGUGCAGAGAAAUCAUCAAUGGCUAGUCCUCGCCUACGCGGGUCUAGCCAGUGGUAUUCUCUGUCAAGAGAUCUUGUUACCGAGCUUCGAUGGUGUUCAUCCAAAGCAUAGUCAUAUCAGCCACUCGACCAUUAUCCAGAAUCUCAGCAUCCUCGUUGCAUUCCUCAAGGGCAUCACAAACACCGCCGACGCCGACCUCUGCGCCCACUGCCGCAUCAGCAUCCAGCGUGUACUUGACCACCACCUCAACAACCAGCUAAACAAGAAAUCUCCCAAUGUUACAAAUCCGGCGGAAUUAAAUUUGGGAUCUGUGGAGCAGCCCGAUUUUCAAUUUGAAAUCCUCGACACCUUUGACUGGAUGCGACCAGAUGCGCAGUAGGCGGUCUGACCUCGGCUACAGUGCUGUGAAGUUCGGGCACGGUGUGCGCACUGUCCGAGACCUCAACAUGGCGUUCAACCGAAAGGAGUUUUAUAGUACCUCCCACAUGACUCACAUGAUUGGAUAUUAGUUGCUUAUGAAUAAAAAAGGAUUAUAGUUUCCAG